AGGACACGUCUGUGCGCGGCCACGUCAUGUAAACUAAACGGGAAAGGAGUUGCGUACACCAGGGUAACCAAAAUAGAAAAAGACUGAAACAGCAUUUCUGCGUUGUGAUCACAGUUUCGUUUGUUGCUCCUGCUCUUUUUCCAAACUUGCAUCGGCGGAGAACCGACAGAGAAUCUACAGGGUCUUAAAUCAUAUGGCAAGAUGUCAGAUAUCGGGGACUGGUUUAAAAACAUCCCGUUCAUCACCCGUUACUGGUUUGCUGGCUCAAUUGCUGUGCCGCUAAUAGGAAAGCUGGGAUUAAUCAGUCCUAUGUAUCUUGUGUUAUGGCCGGAGGCAUUCUUACAUAAAUUCCAGAUAUGGAGACCAUUAUCUGCAACGUUGUAUUUCCCAGUUGGCCCAGGGACUGGUUUUCUCUACUUGGUUAAUUUGUAUUUUCUCUACCAGUACUCCACAAGGCUUGAAACAGGAGCUUUUGAUGGAAGACCAGCAGACUACAUGUUCAUGCUGCUUUUCAACUGGCUUUGCAUUGUUAUAACAGGCUUAAUGAUGGACAUGCAGCUCCUGAUGAUCCCUUUGAUCAUGUCUGUUCUGUAUGUCUGGGCUCAGCUAAAUCGCGACACGAUUGUAUCUUUCUGGUUCGGGACCAGAUUCAAGGCUUGUUAUCUCCCUUGGGUAAUUCUGGGAUUCAACUAUAUCAUUGGUGGCUCUGUUGUCAAUGAGCUGAUUGGGAACUUGGUUGGCCACCUUUACUUCUUUCUGAUGUUCAAAUACCCCAUGGACCUGGGUGGCAGGUCCUUCUUGUCCACCCCACAGUUCCUAUACCAGAUGUUCCCAAAUCGACGAGGAGGGGUGUCUGGAUUCGGCGUUCCUCCGAGCAGGAGACCUGUACCCCAAGAGCAGGCAGGAGGAGGAGGAGGCGGCGGCGGUGGUGGGCGCCAUAACUGGGGUCAAGGCUUUCGUCUGGGGGACGACUAAAGCCUUUGACUCUGGCAUUAAUGGAUAAAUACAGAAACUUCUACCAUCAAUGCUGCAGAAUAUGGAUUUUAUGUUUUGGGGUUCAUUUCUGUUCUUUUCUUCUGACCUGCAAAGGAAAAGUGACAGGGGCUCUGUCCCAGCGUUACAAUGUCCUCUUAUUCUUGAUGUCACAUCACACUGUUAUUGAGUUUCACAGUGUGUACAGAAACUCUGCAAAAAUAUGUGCGGUAGCAGAGUUGGUGUAAUUGUAGGAAAUUCAGGGGACUUUGAUUUUGUUUCCCAUAUUAUGACCACAUCAUUCAACGUAUGCAGGCUUCAUGUUACUUGCUAACAGUCAAAUGUAGCCGAUUAAUUUCUGUAUGAAAUGGUCGGUGUCGAUUGUCUGUUAGCGUGAUUGUUUAGGAAUGGACAUAGAUUUUAUAUCGAAAAUGCUUUUUUGUUUUUUAAUCACCUCGUUUGUCUAAAUUGUAAUAUUGCUUAUGUUUGGUAUUUGUCAGUUAACUGAAUUACCAAUCAGAAUCUAAACAUGCAGAUGAAAGUGCUGUGCAUAUUUCAGUCUGUUUGUUAGAUGCCAGCCUUGAGUUGAUUAUCAAUCAAUCCAUUUACAGUAAAACUGCCAUCCAAGCAUUUUUCAAAUUACAGAUGAUCAAACUAAGAUAUCCUGUGUUACACUUGCAGUCUGACUAGCAAACAGAAUUUUUUAUUUGUAGUAUGCAUUGUACACAUAUUGUUUAAUAUUAUAUAUGUCCCUCAACACAUUGUUUUGAUUAAGGUGCUUUACAAAAUCCAGACACCUUUGUGUGCAUAUGGUAUAUAAUAGUGUGCUACAGUCACAUUAAAAUUAUACAUGGUGAUUUUGCCAAAAUCCUUGUCAAAUAAAAUUUACUACUGUUCUAAUCUA